AAAGAACAUUCUAAAUCCAGUGUGGAGAAAAAAGUGACCAAGGUUGCAGAAGCAAAAAAAGUAAUGAAGAGAAAUUUUAAAGUAAAUAAGAAAAUAACAUUUACUGAUGAAGGAGAGUUGGUUCAGCAGUGGCCACAAGUGCAGAAGUCUGUCUCCAACGAUACUGAGGAAGAGGACGAUGCUGGUGGUAUCAACUUAGAUAAAGCAAAGGAAAGGCUUCAAGAAGAGGACAAAUUUGACAAAGAAGAAUAUAGGAAGAAAAUUAAGGCAAAGCAUUGGGAGAAAAGACUGAAAGAAAGGAAAGCCAGAAGAAAAGCCAGUAAGAAACAAGUAAAGGCUAAAGAUGAAGAAGCCUUUCUGGAUUGGAGUAAUGAUGAUAAUGAUGGAUUUGAUCCAAGCACACUUCCAGAUCCAGAUAAGUACAGAAGCUCCAAAGAAUCAGAUAAUGAAGAUAUGGAAAAUAAAAUUAGUGAUACCAAGAAGAAGCAGGCAAUGAGGAAAAGGAACAACAGUGAAGUGGAAGACGUGGGACCCACAAGUCAUGAGAGAAAGAAGACCAAGUGCGAAACCUCAGAGCCUUUGGAUACAGGCCUGUCCUUAGCCAAGGAUGAAGAGCUGGUGUUACGUCUGCUCAAAAUUCAAAGCUAAAUAGUACUUGCUCUUGUCUUCUCCUUGAACCCUCUAGUCAUGAUUAUGUGGGCAAUAAGUUGAAAAAACAGUUGGCUUUGGGGCACUUAGGUAACUUGAGUCCCAUGCCCAAAGGACCCAUUCUUCAGACAGGAGCUAUCAUACCUCUAAGCCCCUUUCACAGGCCAUGCUUGCGCCAUCCCAGAGCAAACUCACAGUGAUGGUGGAUUAUAAAAUUUCCUGAUCCCAUUUUCCAGCCUGUGCUCUGUCAGAUUUUAUCCAUGGGUUCCUACAUCUUAUCAUUGGAAAUGCUUCCUUUGUUUUACUGGCAAGUUCUAGAGACCUUAUUUCAUUGUUGGAAAUUCCUGUCUUGCUUACCAUCCAGCAGUUUCUCUGUAAUAUUAAACAAAAUUGC